CCCCGUCUCGUUUCCGACACGGAUGAGGCCGAUCUACGCAGACAAAUGGCUGAAUUGGAAGAAGCAAACAGAGAAGUAUCUGGUGAUGAGGAUGAAGAUGAAGCCGGCGGAGAUGAAGAUGAGGAGGAAGAUGGUGAGGACGAUGAGGAUGAAGAAGGUAGCGACAAAUGAAGGACGGGUUUGUCGAUCAAUUGUGCUCCUCAAUAACUGA